AGUUAAGUUGGUCAUCCAAAAUCUUCCCGGCUCCAAUCAUUCGAUGACUUGUGUAGUGAUUUGUUGAGGAAAAUAAUGGAUGAAAUCCGUAUGAAAGUAGCAGAAGCAGUAUCAGUAUUAAACCAUGAUUCACAAUCAUGUAAUAGAGUUGCUGCUAAUCAAUGGUUAGUUCAUUUCCAACAAACUCCUUCUGCUUGGGAUGUCUCCACUUCUAUUCUCACUUCUCCUCCAAAUCCCAAUUUCCUCCUUCAAGAUAAUUUCGAACUCGAUUUCUUCGCUGCUCAGAUUCUCAAACGAAAGAUCCAAACUGAAGGAUGUUAUUUACAAGCUGGGGAUAAAGAUGCUUUACUAAAUGCUCUCAUCAUCGCUGCUAAGAAAUUUAGUUAUGGACCUCCUCAGCUCUUGACACAAAUCUGUCUUGCGCUCUCUGCACUUGUAAUACGUUCUGUACAACAUAAGAAACCAAUUGAGCAACUUUUCGCGAGUUUACAGACUUUAGAGAACCAGGAAAAUGGUAAUGUUGCUGUCUUGGAGAUGCUUACUGUUUUGCCUGAAGAAGUUAUUGAUGAUCAGAAUACUGAUUCUAAUAUCUCUUCCUCGCUUAGAUUUCAGUAUGGUCAAGAGCUACUUGCACAUACUCCUACUGUUCUUGAGUUCCUUAGGCAUCAAUCUGAGCAAAGGCUUGAUGAUAACAAUCAACUUCAAGACAGGAAUAGGAAAAUUUUGAGAUGCUUGCUUAGUUGGGUUCGAGCUGGGUGCUUCUCUGAGGUUCCACCGUCAUCCUUACCAACACAUCCACUUCUUAACUUUGUCUUCAACUCUCUGCAGGUAUUCUCUUCGUUUGACCUGGCCAUUGAAGUACUAAUUGAGCUCGUAAGCCGAUACGAGGGAUUACCUCAGGUUUUGCUUUUCAGAGUACCUUUUCUUAGAGAAGUAUUACUCCUACCAGCCCUUGCUAGUGGAGAUGAGAAAGUAAUUGGUGGUCUGGCAUGCUUGAUGUCGGAGAUUGGGCAGGCAGCUCCGGCUUUGAUUGUAGAAGCAAGUACAGACGCACUUGUGUUGGCAGAUGCCCUUUUGAGUUGUGUAGCUUUUCCAAGUGAAGAUUGGGAUAUUGCAGACUCAACAUUGCAAUUUUGGUGCUGUCUAGCAAGCUAUGUUCUUGGCCUGGACAUGGAUAAGUUGAGCAGUAGGAAAAAGGUGGAAGAGAUGUUCUUUCCAGUAUUCUCAGCAUUACUUGAUGCCCUUUUAUUGCGUGCUCAGGUGGAUGAUUCUACAUUCAGUGGUGAGAGUGGAACUCUUGACUUGCCUGAUGGCCUUGCACAGUUUAGGAUGGAUCUGUCUGAGCUUUUUGUGGAUAUUUGUCAGCUUUUAGGAUCUGGUACUUUUGUGCAAAAGAUUUUCUCUGGAGGUUGGGCAUCUUCAGAUGUACAAAUACCUUGGAAGGAAGUGGAAACCAAAAUGUUCGUACUUAAUGUGGUUGCAGAACUAAUUCUUCAAGACGGCCAACCAUUCGAUUUCUCUGUGAUACUGCAGUUAGUAACGAUCUUGUCAAAUAGAGCAUCUGAUGGGCUUGACGGGUUCCUGUGCCUUGUUUACAGAACAGUAGCCGAUGUUGUUGGUUCCUACUCCAAGUGGAUCUCUGGUGUACAAACAUCGACUAGACCAUUACUAUUAUUUUUUGCUGCAGGAAUUAGAAAACUGGUGACAUCAAAUGCUUGUGCGUCAGCCUUGCGUAAGCUUUGUGAAGACGCAUCUUCAGUGAUUCAUGAACCUUCGGACUUGGAAAUCCUGAUCUGGAUUGGAGAGGGAUUAGAAGAGCGGCACUUACCUUUGGAAGAGGAGGAAGAAGUGGUUAGUGCGAUAACUCUGAUAAUUGGCACAAUUCCUGAUAAGCAGCUAAAGAACAACUCCUUAGCAAGGCUGCUUUCUUCUUGUUAUGGAGCUAUUGGGAAACUUAUUGACGAAGAGAGUGGGCAUUCACUAAGGCAAAACCCUGCAAGUUAUACACAAGCCUUGAGCUCUGCUGCAAGGGGACUUUACAGGAUGGGAACUGUGUUCAGUCAUCUCUCAAUCUCGUCGUCAACUGUUCCAGCUGAUGAUGAUACUAUUCUAGCUCUACUGGGUGUUUUUUGGCCCAUUCUGGAGAAACUAUUUACGUCCUUGCACAUGGAAAGUGCUAGUUUAUCUGCAGCAGCGUGCCGGGCUCUUUCACAAGCCAUUCACUCUUCAGGUCAACACUUCUUAAUGUUAUUGCCUAAAGUACUGGAUUGUUUAUCUACAAACUUUCUCUCUUUUCAAAGCCAUGACUGCUAUGUCAGAACGGCUGCUGUCGUCAUUGAAGAAUUCUGUCACAGGGAAGAAUAUGGAUCUCUGUUUAUCAGCACAUUUGACAGAUUUUCAUCUGCAGCUUCAAUUACGGCUCUUAACUCUUCCUAUAUAUGCGAUCAAGAACCAGAUCUUGUAGAGGCUUACACUAAUUUCACAUCUACUUUUGUUAGUGGUUGUCCCAAGGAAGUGCUGGCUGCAUCUGGUUCUCUGCUCGAGGUUUCGUUCCAAAAGGCAGCUAUAUGCUGCACUGCAAUGCACCGUGGAGCAGCACUAGCAGCAAUGUCAUACAUGUCAUGUUUCUUAGAGGUCGGUCUAACCUCAGUGCUGGAAUCGAUGUCAUGUAUGACUGAAGGGUCACUCGGCUCAGUGACUAUUCAGGUCAUAUCACGUAGUGGCGAGGGACUCGUAUCUAGUAUAAUAUACGCUUUACUUGGGGUCCUGGCAAUGUCGAGGGUUCACAAGUCUGCAACAAUAUUACAACAACUAGCAGCAAUUUGCAGCUUAAGUGAGAGGACCACCUGGAAUUCAGUGCUGUCCUGGGAAUCUUUACAUGGGUGGCUGCACUCUACGGUUCGGGCGUUGCCAGCUGAGUAUCUGAAGCAGGGUGAAGCGGAGACUCUAGUACCCAUGUGGCUGAAGGCCCUCGCCAAUGCAGCUUCAGAUUACCUUGAGAGUAGGACCCGAGAUGGAGGAAUAAAUAAUCACGGGCAUAUGCAAGGCAGAGGGGGUAGAACUCUGAAGCGUAUCAUUCGAGAAUUUGCUGACACCCACCGCAAUGUGCCUAAUCUCACGUGAAUUGAUGACACCCACCUAAAAGAAUGGGGUGUGAAGGGACAGUAGUCGGAUGCAACGGCUAUCAUUUAGCUGCUCCAUACACCGCAAUUGAGGCUUAGAGUGUUACUUGUCUACAUAUCUAAGGUAUGACAGUUAAAUUGAAGGUCUAUUACCCAGGCUGGAGCACAAAUUUCCAAACAGGAAAUUUUCUACCUGAGCAAUCGCAAUCGAAUCUCGGAAUGGUUCCUAAUGAUGUAACCAAAGUUCUUUUAUUUGUAUAGUAUCGAUUUACCACUCGGAAUUUUUCUGUUAACGCUAAGCACCUCAAAAUUGAGGGGAAUUUUGGGCCCAAUUUAUAUUCAUAUGGAAAUGAUUCUCAACACGAGUCUUAAAGCAAAAGGAAAAUGAUGCCUUGUUUUCUAUACUUGUUUGUCGAAUUUCUAUCAGAAGGAUAAAAAAUGUGAUGAUAGACUUUUCUUGCCCC